AUGGGUAACUGGAUCUAUCUCUAUGCCAUUCCAAACGCGGCCUUCAUUAUUCACACCGUGAGCGUUCUGACUUAUUUUUUUACCUGAUCUGUGUUUCUGCCUGUCACAUUCAAUAUCCUUCCCCUUUAAAGAUGUUUUAGGGAGCGCAUUACAUGUUUAUCUGUCCACAAAGAACGUCGGCUGUGAACUCUUUUUAACAUCUAGUUGACGGUAGGCACAUCUGAACAUAAAUAGAGUGGCUAAGAUCGACAGCACUAUCUAGUUUCGCAUGAAAGCAUCAUACAUUUUUAUGUUAGUCGGUGGCUACGGCUUUUCAUUGUACCCGUUCCUUUUAUGUCUUUUGAUUUUACCAAUGUAUUCGUGACCAGUGAUUCGUUCAUACGAGCCAUAUUUUACGAACGAUUUAUAUGAUGGAAACAGACACUAGAAUUAAGUGCUCUAAGAACUGGGAAUUGUCAUCUUACCUGUCAUAUUGGGCUGUGGUCGAUUUCGCAUAGUAAACACUAGGAAGAUUGGGAAUCUGAAAUAAAUCUAGCUUUACGAAGAGACUGGGUUGCUGGAGAAAUUUAGACGCAUGAAUUGAAUUGUAAAUUGGGAGAUUUACAAAUUCAAAUAAUAAGUCGGAUUAUGUACCGAAACAAAUUUUCUCUUUAAACUUACGGCCGUGAAUAUUUUCGCUAUUCUCUGUUCUAUCAAUACGUAAGUACAGUUUAGGAACAGUGGUUAAUGGAGUUCGCACGAAUUUUCAGGACUCACUGUCCAGGAUUUAAAGAACAUAAAAUUUAAAACCGAUUUUCUAACAUCGAUAGUGCGGAUUCACUCAUCUAAAAGAUCGUUCGCACAAUUUUUGUCCCGAUGAGACUACUUAAGAAUCUCGCAUCAGUAGACAGUUCAUUUCCAGAUAGAAUGUGCCCUAUUAACUACAUACGCUGGCAAAUGCUAGGCGAAUGCGUUCACUACCUGACGCCGGUGUUGUCUCAACCGACCCGAAAAGACGAAAAUAUAAAAUUAAAAAGUUUUCACAGCCGAUGACAAAUUUAGUUACUUGCUCCAACGCCCAUGAAGGCUUGAACGCGAAAUUUUCGUGGAUGACCUCCCUAACUUAUAAAGCACUGUCUGUGUACAUUGGAGAAUCAUGUAUUCUCCAACAUCAGAACUUUCUUUUCCUCACAAGAACUCAUAGGCCGCCUUCUGCUUCCUAUUGACCCACUGAUUAGAAGAUCAAAUAAUCUACAGCAAAUGUCUGUGUUGAAAAUUGUACUUGCGCCCGUUUGGCAUACACUAAAAGCUUCUACUUCACUGGUUUCGCCCGAAGAAGGUAAGAGUUGGGGGGGGAGAGGAGGAGGCUCAUAUUGGUCCAGUGACGAUGUGUUACCGUUGACGAAGAUAGGCUGGACGUUGAUUGGCUCAUCUUUGUCUUCUCGCCACCGUCUAAAGUCAGAGUUCAAAAGAAAUCGAGACUGGACGAUAUUGGCUACAACUCAACACACAUAAACUCAUCGGCGGUCUUACACCAACUCUAGAGCGGGGUACAUUCCUUCCAAACCCUCGGAAGUCUGUAUCCAAGCGGAGGUUAAAUGAAACGCGAGCGUUCGAAAUUAUCGUCCGCUGGGGGCUCGAAGGCCUAAUGUUAAGUGGAUACAUUGCUUCAAAUCACACAACAAUUGUGCGUUUGCUUAACUCUUCUAAAGACUUGAGUGUUUUUUUCCAGGUCAUCUACCAUGUGCUUGUGCAUGUCAUCUUCAAGCCCUCCGCGAAGUAUCAGGACAGCUACCGGUAUCUGUGCACAAAAAUGGCAAUCGUGCAGAAACCCAAAAACAAACUACCUCCGAAGUAAGCACUUGAACUCGUAAAUGCCUCAUGAUUAGUUCAAAACAUUUUUAAAGGUUCUUUGUCCCCUUCUCUCUCUCUCUCUCUCUCUCUCUCUCUCUCUCUCUCUCUCUCUCCCUCUCUGAACUCAACCACAAUAGCCACGUCUCUCCUGUUUACGUUAUAGUAGGAUACGUGGUUGUUGGUAGCUCGAAAAUUUGCGAGUACUACUCUAUACUACUACUACUACUACUACUACUACUACUACUACUACUACUACUACUACUACUACUACUACUACUGCUGCUGCUACUACUACUAUUACUGCUGCUACUACUACUACUACUACUACUACUACUACUACUACUACUACUACUACUAACUACUACUACUACUACUACUACUACUACUACUACUACUUCUGAACGAGACUUAUCUCCGCUUGGAGUCUGCCCGAAAUAGCCAAAACAGCAGUAUUACGACGGAAGUAGACAUUCAGAUGCGGAGAUUUGCAUCCAAGGGAUUAACUCGGAGAGAUGAAAACUAGAAAGAAGAUGGAAAAGAUGAUGAUGACGAUGGUGGUGGUGGUGGUGGCGGCGGCGAGGAAGGGGAUAGGGAGGAGAAAGGUGCAUUUACCCAAUGUCUGAAAACUUAGCUCUUUAUCAGGGAAAUAAGUAUUUGUCUACCUAAACCGAACCCGUCUUAUCUCUCUACCUAUACAGUCUUUGAUUCGAAAGUUAAUUGACGUUUCAAGUCUGACCCUAAAAAGUAAUAUCCCGGACACUUGAUUCCAUGUCCUGCGCUUAAUAACAUCUGGAGUUCACAGAAACCAGAAACCGCAUAGACGGCGCCGGGUGACCCACUAUAGAGCCGAACCCAUCAUGUAGCAGCAUGAAUAUAGGCAAAACACGUGUCUGGACCUCUAGCUAGUACCCUUUGCGGGAGUACGGUAUAACCAUCUGUUGGUUGGGCUCGAGAGAGAGAGCCCGUAAGGCACAACGGGACGAGUGAGUUCCGUACAAAAGAUCGGUGAGCGUCCCUCAACCAUUGUACAUUCCCGACCGAAGCCGACAGGACAACGAACCCGUGGCUCAGUGGUUAGAGGCGUUGGACUUCUAACUAACAGGUCGCUGGAUCGAGCCCCAGAUGUUCAACACCUCUGGAUUGGGUAUGACUGGCUGACGACAGCUGAUAAGUCAGAAAUGGCCAUUCUAGUCUCGCUUGUUUUAGUCGGUAAUGCCAUUCUGCCUAUAUAUCAUGCUUUGCUGUGCGUCUGCGGGUUGGGCUCGAGAGAGUGCCCUAAGGCCCAAGGGGACGAGUGAGUUUUGUAAAAACGAUUGGUAAACGCCCCUCUACCAUUAUACAGAUAAAUAUUCAUCGAGGAACAGGCAAAAAACCCUCGUGGACGUCUCCCCUCUCUGUGCUCUACCAAUGUUUUUCUUCUUUACUCGGUGCGUGACCGAUCUCAUGAAAUGUUAGCCGAGAUCCCAAAAUGCGUUUCCGAUUAGGAAAGAUUACUUAGGUGGGGUUCUAAUACAUAUUAUUUUGCGGCAAAAUCCUAUAAUAUUUCGGACUCGGCAGGAUGUCAGCUUUUGACUGCACCUCUUUUCCAUUUCCUGGAGAAACGGUACUUAAGUGGCAUGCAUUUUCACAUCGAUUUUCGAUUGUCUUAUAAAUUUAAAUAUACUUUAUAAAAAACAUGAAAAAAACUACACUUUUUUCACUCAUUCGAUAGAGAAUUACGUUAUCUUCAUAUUUUGUACUUAAAGAAGGAUUAUUAUAAGGUUUCAAAAAGUUUUUAAUUAUGAGGUUUUUUAAGACCGUGCAAUGUCCAUUCUUACGGCAUCGUACAUCUCUGUUUACAAGUGCCCCUCAUGAAAUGCACAACAUAGUCCGCAUCCAUUGCAAAAUGUUAUGAACUCUAUAUUGUAUCAUUUUAAAGUCAUAGAAGAACAUAUGAUUUUCCUUACGCGGAACGCUUGCACCUUGCAGAUUGUGAUCACUAAGCGAUAAUGCAGCGGCUGAUCAAGCUCCAAAUAAUUCUGGAAUUAGAAAACUUUCUUAAAACCUAAUUAUAUUCCUUCUUUGAGUUUAAAAUAUGAAAACGACGUAAUUCUCUAUCGAACGAGUGGACAAAGCGUAUUUUGGUUCAUGUUUUUUUAUAAAAUAUAUUUGAAUUUAUAAAACAAUAGAAAAUCUAUGUGAAAAAUGCGUGCUGCUUAAGUAGACAUUUUUUGCCGAGCAGCGUUUUUCCAGGAAACGGAAAAGAGAUGCAUUCAAAAGCUGACAUCCUGCCGAGUCUGAAAUAUUAAAGGAUUAUGCCUCAAUAUAAUAUGUACUAGAACCCCACCUAGGUAAUCCUAGGAAACGUAAUAGGAAACAUAUUUUGGGAUUUCGGCUAACUUUUCAUGAGAUCGGUCACUUACUGUACAUAUUUCGGCCUCAGUGAGCAGGCGUUUGACGUUGCCUAGGGCCUGGCGCGGCCGUCAGUGCAGUUUUGGCCACUGGGUGACCUUAACCGGGUCAUUCACCGUGCACAAUUCAACACUCGCAUUCGGUCUUACACACCACCCACUUAGUGUGAAAGUGUUGAUGCUUUUGUAGCCUUAACAGAGACUGCAAUGUUUAUGUGUGUCCUAUCGCCGUGGCGUAUGGCACCAGCGUCACCGGUUGCCGAAUUGGUUGAACCGCCCAUCGAUCUCCGGGUUGUGCCUGUUUUUUUUAAUUUGAAUACUUACUAAAACCAGCCCGGACAGGUAAUCGCUGUGGUCUGCGGUUUGAAACACGCAUAUAUUGGAGCUUGUUAAGACGCGCGUCGUUUUUAUUUCGCUUCAAAUCACCACCCUGUGGCUUGGAGUUGUUCCUCCCGUGUGAGUUUCAGCGUCGUACGUUAUCUCUCCUGGUGCGUAGUUGCUAUCCGGAGUUACCUGUCUGACUUUCAUCAGUGUUACAGACCUCAAAUGGCUACAGACUAAGAGUCUAUUUUUGCGGAUGCCUUUAAAUUGGUCCAUCUCUCAUGUUAUCACUUUUCCCGGCUUCCACUCCGAGGGUAGAUGGUACUUUGAGCGUUUUUUCCCGGUUUAGAAGCCAACGGUAUUUCUUCUCGUGAGAUUUCCUCUUCUCUCAGUAGUUCGUGCCCAAUGUCCUGACGGCCUGAUGUUCCAAGAGCCUCGAGAGGCAGCCAGCUCAGAGCCAUUUGGCGGUCGCUCGGACCAUCUGCUUGCGAUGCGUCCCACAGGGGAACGGAAGGUGGUUACAAGAAUUUCCCUCCUCAGGGUGACCUUGCAGGCCAAAGUUAGCCAUUUAACUUCGUCCGAGUUAAGCCAAGGCCUGAUUUUGGUAGUGUUAACUCACGUACGUACUCGCAUCGUCUUCGCGAUGUUUUUUUGGACUACUGCAGCGUCAUUUACGUCAAUCUUAUCCCGUCUGCUAAGCACGCUCGCGCGCUCUCAAGAGAGCGCGGAGAAUACCAACCGAUCAGGAGCUGGUGACUGGUGGCCCCUUCUUUGUCAGGACCCCGCACCAGGGCUGGUCUGUAAUGGUACUUUUUACUUGCCGGAGACAAGAUCGCUGAGACAAGAGCUCUAUUCGACUGACGUCUCGGAUUCCUGCUCUAACCCAUCAUCAGAGACGAAAGCAGAUACGGGUGGUUCAUGCACAAGGGGCUGCAGUAUUUGCAGAAUGCAGUCUGGAGUCGUUUAUCGGAUCUGGUGCAGUUGUGGACAAGGCAACAACGUCGGAGAAACCGGAAGACAGCUCCGAACGCGGAUGGCCGAACAUGCUGCAGCAGUGCAGAGAAAUGACGCCAGCCCUCAAGUUGUGGUUCAUUCUACGAGAUCCGUUCACACAUUCAGAUUCGACAAGGCCGAAAUUCUCGCUAGGGGUGACAACCGCGUGGGCCGAGAGCUGCUUGAGUCAUGGUUCACUGGCCCCCAGUCUAUCAACAGGUGCAAUGACCUCCCCCUUCCAUACUCAGUGCUGCGACUUCCCCUAAGCGGAGUAAUUAGCCAGGCGGGAAGCGCACAGGUGAACACUGUUCCGAACGUCGGGGUCAGUGCGUCAGACGGUCGAGUAAUCAUCUUACCAACAUCUAAAACACGUGAUGUAAUUGCAGCAAUUAACGACGCGAAUGUCGGCCAUCGAACAAUUAGCACACCAAGUACAACGAUCCCGGAUGAAGGGGGGGGGGGCCGUGAAUAUUCAUAGGUAUGCGGUAGCAUGGCGACUGCAUCCUGCAAAUACUGCAGCCCCUUGUGCAUGAACUUCUCCGCAUCUGCUUUUUUGUCUCUGAUGAUGGGUUCGAGCAGGAAUCCGAAACGUCAGACGAAUAAAGCUCCUGUCCCAGCGAUCGUGUCUCCUUCUUCACGUUCGCUUCUACAGGCUGUGAGUGUUAUGUGCCACACAACUCACCCCUUAACCUGCCAUCUUCCCCCCCCCUUCCCUCAAGGUCGCACCUCAUUGUCUGGAUGCUCUUCAACAUCGCCUCCGCUGCAGUCUUCAUGCUGGUCGCCUGCUUCGCCUGGUGCAGCUUCUUUGUGCACACAGUAAUGCUCCUGAUUGUCUUCUUCGACAUGACCUGGAACGCAGCCUGCUACUACAUCGACUACUUUGCCACUCUGGCGCUGAGAAAGGCCAUCGCUGAGGGCACCAUACCGGAUCCGAAGGCAAAGACCGGCGACGCCGAUCAUGCCGCGGCUGGCAAGACUGCUAACGACGCCGACGACGACGACGAGUCCGAAGACGAACUUGACGGCGACGAGGUCGAGAUCGGGGAUCAGGGCUCCGUGGAGUACGACAUUGAGGAGAGCGGUGACGAGUAUUGA